UUGGAUGUUAGUUCGAUAUGAAAGCCAGGAUGGCACAGAGAGACUUCAUCCUGUUCUAGUCUGUUACUCGUCUUAAACGAUAAGAGCGUGCAUCUUUUAACUGUGGAGUGAUAACAAGUGAGGUAGAAUAAAAGCUCCAAUAGAAUAGAAGCGUCCAGCAGUAAUGUGAAGUGAUAAAAGUAAAUGUCAGACGUGUGAGAAAAAAAAACAAGACACUUUGGUGCAUGUUUUUUGUGUUUGCUCGGUUAAAAUAAAUAUUAGUGCAUCAUCUGUGCAAUCCUGAUGAUUGAUCGAGCGAGCGCACACCCCACCCAGUAAUGUCCGGCUCGGUUGCCUUUUAUCCCUCGGUGGUGUCUUCAUCUAACACGUGGUGAAAAAAGAGGUUCUUCGCAAAUCGGUCUCGUUUGUGUGUGUGUAGGUUCGUUGUUGCUUGUGAUUGAUCGUGUGUCGGACAGUUUAAGAAUUGAAUGAUUCAUGGUUCUUACUGUGAGCACAAAGAAAAAAGGGAUGAGAAAAGGAUGUAUCAAAAUAUGGAGCUCUAGCGGGCAACGUGCAGAUUUAUGCUGUGAAGGAUCGUAAGGAAAUUCAAUGGCUUUUGUUUUAUUGUGACGCUGUAGCUGGACGAUUCAUUGAACGCGAUCUUGAAAAGUUGAUGAAAAAUAGUCAAACUCGUGUGUGUAAAAAAAAGGUUCAUUCUGUGUGGUUAAAUCAGAACACUUCACCGUUUCGUAAGCCAAGAAAAGUACACUAGCAUCCCCUAUAUUCCUUACUUUCAUCAACGCGUGCCAGUAAAGCUCGUCCUGAACGCCUCGCACGUCACCACUCCAGCCCACCCAUGCCACUUGACGUAACGCCACUCACCUUUCCAUGGUCAAUCUUUUAAAGAGCAGCCAAUUAGUUGCAGGCAACAGCAACGGUUCCAGCACCCGGUCUAGCUCGACCCUCACUAGACGGUUGGCAGUAAUUAAGAGGCGGUGUCAAUUAAUCAAACUGACGGUUCUAUUUGUCCGGGAGCGCAAACGCUCCAGUGUGUAUCGUGUUCGUGUCCACACAUCCAAACCUUAUCCACGUUGAUCGAGUAUCGAAGUGGUAAAUCAUUAGAUUCGAGUGCCCUUUUUUAAACGUGAGGGAAUGCACGGCACCAGCGUGAAGGAAAGGCAAAAUGUCAGCAGCAUUACGGUUGCGAUGGAUGAAAUGAAAAUAGAGUGCAGCAUGUGAGUUCACGGUGGAUUACUGGAGAGUUUUCACAUCGUUUUUUUUGUCGGUGUCACAUGCAUUUGGCCAGUGAAAUAAAUCAAUUGAAUGUGUAAAAAAGUGCUAUAAAGAUAUGUGUGCUUGUGUGCUCUAAAAAUAGAAGAUGAAGAUUUAUCGUGCUCCAUGUUAAGUAGUAUUAUAGCGUUAUUUAUAGCAUGCUAAUGCUAUAAAUCUGAUUUUGGUGGGUUAGUAAGUUAAAGUGUUUCUCGUCGUAAGAAAUAAACACCAAGCAAAUAAAAGGAUACCAAGAUGCUUCAAGUAACGGCCGACCGGUUCGGGCGACGGAGCAGCUCCAUCGGUUGCCGAUCGAUUGUUGGCCGGCGGACGUCGAUGUACAUCAACCAAACGCAGCACGAUCGCGAUCCGUUCAAGCUAAUCCUCGAAAUCAACAGUGAAGUGGCGCUAUUUCGCGAUCUGCUUAUCCACGUCGGCCAAUCGCGAGACUGUCCGGAGCUGCGCGAGAAAAUACGAAAACUUCGCCGGUCCUGUGUGGAAGCGUGCAAACACACCGCCGCCCUGAUACUGCCCCAGAUACGAACCGCCAUCGCCGAAGGCAUCCUUACCGAUAACCCACACCUGGUGCUGCUGUUCUACCUUGCUCAACUAUUUCUAAGAGAAUUAAUCAAAAGCCACCGACUGGUGCAGGUAAUACCGAUGGACAUGUCCGGCUAUUACGAAAACCGUGCCGGCCCGUCAAAUCUGGGCAAUGUGAUAAGUCAGAUACUGCUCUGCAAGCAAAUUACGCCCGACUUCAAUCAGGAGGAGCUGUGCAGCAUUACCAAGGAUUCGCAGGAGAUCGCCCGAAUACUGCAGGAGCUGCAGGAGUUUAUGCCACAGCAGGAAAGCUACCUGGAGCGAACAAUCGCCCUCACGACCGAAAUCAACGGACCCUGGCCAGCGAAACGUCGGCGCGGAUCAUUAUACAAAAACAUGGGCCUGCUGUGCUGCGUGUCCCGGCCCAACUACCUAUGAAUGCGGACGACACUGCGGCCAAAUGUCCGCGCGUGUGUGUGAUCAUGUCGGAUCAUGCAGGCUGCUGGCGGGCCCUUUCCUCGCACCGCAACCACAACAUCCCGGAACCGGAGAACCGGCUCGCGCGCACAUAAAACGACCAAAAUGGCCAGCUCUGGUUCCCAAUUUCGACAAAAACCCACCGACCUACGGGAUCUCGUCGUAUGCGAGCGCAUCACUCACAGGUACCGCGUCAAUUGAUGGGUUCAAAUCCGUGCUGCAGCUGCAUCAUUCUGUCGAAAUCACAGCACCCCCAGUGCCGGAAACGAAGUAUCGUUGACGUUUGGAUGUGAAGCGCUUGCAGAGGUAUGGUGGACACCCGCCGGCCAUACUUCCGGAGGCACUUGCUCCUUUCGGUUAGCGAUGACCACAGCCGGUAUAUAUAGGUGUGUGUAUGUGUGUUGGGAGUGGCACGAAACGAAUAACCGAACGGUCAGGGAUGGUGGGAUUCGUGUCCUAAUGCAACACACAAAGAGCGGCAGCAAAAAAACGAAAUGGCCUCUUCCAGGCUGAAACUGACAAAAAUAGAUGCAGGAUAGGCGGGUGCAAUCUCGCCUACCGGCAGCAUGAUACACUGCGGCAAUAGAAAGUGCAACGGACUGUAACGGAAGCAGUGUGAGCACCAAUGCACCAAUAGAAACACACACACACACACACACAUACACCCAGAGAAAGGAAAACUUUACCGUAGACAAGUAGAGAACCGUGUAUGGCGCGAAAUAACGUGCGAGUCCCUGCGAGCGAUGACGAGAAGUUUAUUUUUAGCUUCAGAUUUUUUGACAUUUUUGCAAAUCUGAUCGGGUUGAAAAUUUCGUUUAAGGUGAUACGAAAGUGAUUUAAAGAAAAGAUGGGGUUUUGAAGUAAAAUUUAUUUGUGGUUUAAUUUGAGUUCAAUUUUAGUUUAAAUUAUAUUAAUUAAAAUAGGUUAACUCCUAACGUUACAAGCAAACCUUGGAUAGGAAGCAUAAGCAUUCCAAGCCAUGACUCCAACCAUUUCCAUUGAGCGCCCUCAACAUCAUGAUGGGGAUGAGUUUCCCCUCAGAUUAAUAGAAUUGCUGCUAUGCAGCUAAUAAAAACUUUCUCCUGUUAGAUUUAUUGGAUGGUGAUAACUUUCGACAAACUCCGGUAUCUGGGUGUUAACGAUAUUUUUUUAAUCUUUUCGCUAGGUGCGCAAGUAAGUAACGAACGUGUUUUGGAUUUUUUUCAUUAUUAUUUUUAUAUUUGUGUGUCUAGGCAAAUUUGCGAAAAAAAAACACUGGGUUUUUUUUUCACAGAACAAAGAAAAAAGGCCUCUCCUUAUUGAAAAAAAGUGAAAAAACUAUGUAUAAUGUUCUUAAUGAAGGUAGCCCCUCUACAUGUCAAAUUUCGAGGCUCUAUCCCUAAACAAACAGCACAACCUUAAUGCUCAUCCUGCAUUUUCAGAUAUAAUGUCUCCAAGAACACUUUCUUGAUAUGUUUCAUAAUUAUUAACAUUAAAGCUAAUAAUUAAAGUUUAUCUGAAAUUUGACAAGGCAAUAUCAUUAGUUUUAGAACAUUCCAAAAACUUGUACCGCUUAAAACAACACCUUUGAACAUAUUUAAAAUGGGAAAAUACAGUUUUUUCACCGUGUGCUAGCUUGAUUUUGAACCAUUCAAUUGGUUCUGAUAGCAGAUCAAUUCCAAGCUAAAAUUUCUCUACCAGCCCAACUAAUUCCUAAACGUUUGUUACUUUGACGCGCACCUAAUAUACUAUCACCCACAGCCUCCCGUUUUAUAACAACUAAGCGUAACAAGCAAAACAGAAUACAGUCUAUAGAGCUGUUCCCAGCAUGUCCAGUAAUGUAUGCGCGCUCGGUUCGCUUUAUUUACAUAAUUAAAUGUCAGCUAAUGCACCAUUGUGCCCUCCGAAUGUCGGUCGAUAAUGGUGCUGAUAAACUGAUCCCCGAGCAACACACACACACACACACGUACAUGUACGUGCAUCUAAUACACUAAACUGAUUCGUAAUUAUGCCAUUGUGUGGGCUUUCCACCAUGCUGUGACGCUAUUUUUGGAUUUUUCAUGAUGAAUAAGAGACGUUUUUUCACUAUUCAUAAUGGCCACCUAAAGUGUGUGCGUAGGCUUAAGCCACUGAUAAUUGGUUUAUAGCAGCAACAAACAGAGAAAAACCUAUAAUCAAUUCCCCGCGAAUGGAAAGUAAAAAUAACUCUCGUCGAGUUUUGUUCUCGCCUAAUUAUGUGUACGCUAUCGCACUUCCGUUGCUUGUUCCUGUUGCUCCAUAAUGGUGCAUCAAAUUGAUUGAAGCUAUUGAUAAGUAAGCGGCUGCCAGAAAGGCCACCAUACAACACAAGUACACAAAUGUAAGCAAAGGAAGCAGGUAAAUACAUUACGUUUAACUUGCAGCCUUAACCCAACAAUACCGAAUACCGAAUCAUAAUCAUUAAUCAAAUGCCACCGGCAAUGAAACCGCGUGCAGCCGAGCAAGCGUUUUGGGCCACUCCGAACCAUCCAACGAACAUCAGAGCUUGCUCGCCGAAUGUUGUGGGUAUUUGUUUAGCGCACGGGAAGGAAGAAAAGAAACCGGGGCCCAGGGGCGGACCCUCGGCACACAUUAAUAUGCUACCGAAACCGAUGUUCAUUUGUUGCUCGUUUGGCUGUGUUUGGUUGCUUUUCCGUGCGCCGAAGCUUUUAAUGGAAGUUUAAUCAAGCGGAAAAAUAUUACCCUUCAUUGACCACCCAUCUGCCCCGUACCCACCUAGAAUGAUUUCAUUAAGGGAUUUCCGUCUCCGGCCGGCUUCCGGGGCGAGAGCAACAAUCAUUUCAAUAACCAUAACCUCCUAAUGACCGGCGUAAAUAUUGGAUUAGAUUAGAAUUAGCGGGCGCGUGGCGGUGGCUGGUUGCGUUCUGGUCCGAUUUGAUCGGCAGCUGGCAGGUAGUGCUUUUACAGUUCUAAUUGUGUGAUUUGGGUCCGGAAAUGUGAAUUUUAAUGUUUUGGGUAAAGGUGCGUUUUUGUUUCACAUCAAAUCCACUAAUUAAUGUACUAGAUGUCUUUCCCUGGCUUUGCUGGUAGCGUUAUGGAGUUUGGCAUGGAAUUAUAAUUGAAUUUGUUCCCUUAUUCUAAGCCAUUUGACAUAUUUUUCAAUUUUAUUUUCAACGGGGAAAAACGUAUGAAAGAAACGGACUAAAAGCAUAAAAAACCAUCUAAUAUUAGUCGUUGCAUUCACCAAAAUUCACUCUUGUAAAUUAAUGACCGUUAAAGGUCUAGUAUUACAAGCAAGCAAACAAAACAUGUUUCUAGUAGUAAAACAGAAUAAGAAAAAACGAUCAAAAACUAAGGAUGUAAAAUCGAAAAAAAAAGAAGAACAGUACACAGUGUAUGUACAAAAGCAAUAUAUUUCGUAUAUUUUUAACGUUUUUUAUUUUUAUAUUCCUCAUCACCGGGAGUUUUCUAUGGCGACAUUUGAAUCCACAGCCAUAUGCGAAAAUAAAUGCAAAGCAUUAUUAAGAAAAUGUACAUUUAAAUAGUGUCGCUGUAAGAUAUUAUUUUGUUUUUAUUAAAUGUAAGGACCAUUAAUAGCCGGAAUGGGUCAGAGAACACCAUGGAAGGGAUUUCGGGAUGGGCUUGUAAUGUUCGAACCAUUUCGCGACUUUGAUGAAAUUAAAUUGGACAAUUUAAAAAUUAAAAAGGGACAUUUCCGACCUGUGACUGUUGAAACCAUAAUCUGGAAAUUUUGCACAAAUGUUUUUUUUUUUCACCUGUAGAUUAUAGGAUAUCGAUCCGUAUUCUUCUUUCUUCUUUCUUUGCACUACAACCUCGAGAGCUCUGGGCCUACCAUUCCUGGCUUUCUGUGACUUAGUAAAGCAGUCAACCCUGCGUAAGGGGAUGCGGUCUGGAUGGGAAUUGAACCUCAGUCCUGCCCUGUGAAGACCGGCGCCGUUAUUGCCUCGGUCACCGGACCGCCCCAAUUUUAUCCAAGUCAUAUUUUAUGCUGAAAAGGUUCUUCUUCGGUAAAAAACAAGUGGCAGGUCUUGUCCUGCCUUUUUUUUCUUGCCAUGAAUUUAGUUUGCCGGAACUGGAUAGUUAGCGCAGCGUACGGUGAGGCGGACUGGGUGAGAUUUGAUUCCCGGACCUGCCCUGUAUGAAGAUCGACGCCGUUGUUGCCUAUGCCACCCGAUCACCAUAAUGUUUCAUAACUCAUAUCUCCUAAGUGCAUCGAAGCGCUGUAUCCACUUCAUCUUGAGUAGUACCGUGAAAUUGAUACAGAUUCCAGUUGGUCAUGUCUAUUGUCAACUUCGUCUUGAGCAAUGUCCAAAAAUAGUUCGAACAAUAUUAUCUCAUCUCGAAAGCCUCGUAAAAAUCGAACACGAUAUUGUGAAAAAUUCAUUCGUAUGCUAUUGAAAUGAAGUUAAACCAACUAACCGAAUCAAACACGUUGAUUCGUUGUGGCUUAGGGUUAAAAAGGUUAAAUCUUAGAACAAGUCUUAAUACGAUUUUUAAAUGCACUGAAAAAACACACAUACACACAGCUGUAGAGCAAAUUUCGAACUAAUUCACCAGAAGCAAAGGAAGGAAACCACAAUAGUUCACGCGCAGUUUAUGCUCGAACGAUACACAGAAAACGUCGAAUCACUAAAGCAUAAGAUAAAUGAAUUACUAACAGAAUUACCCUAACAACAUUAUUUUAUUUUCCUUUUAUAAAAUAUAACAAACACUAGUGCAUCUUCUUAAUUCGUAGAUCAUCUGUAAGUUGAGAUAGUACAGAUAGCAGGCAUCAAAAGUAUUUUACUUCCCUUCACCUCUUUCCAAACUUGUGUUCUCCCUUCCGAGUAACGAUGAGAAGGCUACCGGUGUGGGCCACGUUUAAGUUAAUAAAGUUUAGUGAUAACUGUGAUAUAGAUGUCCUGUUUGUCAAUUUAAAUAAAAAGAUGGAAAAUGAAAAUAUAUUAUGCGAAAACUCCUCGAUGAAGCAAGUGUGGUCCAGGAGGGGGGAUAAUGAGAGUGUUGAUGCAGCAUAAAAAUUACGUAGCACUGGGUUUGUUUUUGUUUUGCAUACAUUCAGGAGCACUCCACUGUCAAAGUGUCGUAAUAAUCAUAAAGUAGCUGUAUGGCGUAGUGAUGUAACGUACCCUGUAGAAAAUGGUUGAUACCCUGUCUGAUACGAAGUAUUACGCAAAAAAAACACAGACACACACACACAAGAGUAAAUAGUAAAACUCACCCGAAAAAAUCGAAAAUACAUUUUAUGUAGUCAGUUUAAGGGAUUGACAGAGCAUAGAACUGUUUAAAUUACUUUCUGAACUAGGACAAAUUUGAAAUAUUAUAUGAAAGCUAGCAAACUAUUUGUUAUCCAUGUUUUUGAUGUAAAUUUUAUCAUUAAGUGAACAUUUCACGAUGCUAUUAAUAAGUUUUGUGUUUAAAAGAGGUUGAUAUAAAACAAAAACCACAUCACCUCUUAUGUGGUUAGCAUUAUUCAAUUUCGUUAAUUGUUUUAAACGAUGUUUGCGUUUGUGACACAAUCAAGGUAAAAGGAUGAACGACCAUACCGCACUGUUCGUGCACAUAACAUCAAAAGCCUGUAACACCAAUCAAAGUAGAAGCAUUCGAAAAAAGAAUGUAUACUGAACAAAAAAAAGCGUUAGUAGUUAUACAUACACUUAUAUAAAAAAUGCAUAUUUUCACUUCAUCACAAUUAACCAAAGUUCAGCAUGCAUACACUCCCAAAGGAAUCACAAACACACCGUCAACACGAAACCACAGAGUACACCAAGUAUAGCCAGUAUGUAGCAGGAGGAAAACAUUGAGCAAAAAUAAGCAUUCCAAAUACAACUUCACACACACUAACUUACUAGUAUUGCUUCAUCACACAUGUAGACACAUGUAAAGAGACAAGAAGAGUGUGUGUGUGUCACAUAUUGUGCACCGAACAUAGCAACCGUGUUCUGAGGAAAAUUAUGUUCCAGCGUGUAACAAACGACACUCACUCACACACAUUACAGACACAUUACAUGGCCGAAAAGGGGGAGGGAAAGAAGUGUACCCCAAUCGCAGCCAAACCCAAAACAAGAUGUAUAAUGUCUUAUUUCGUGGACCAAUAUUUCGUACGCACGUGAACAGCGCGACACAAGCACGCAACUAAACACACACAUACACUCGUGGAUUAAGUUAUAUUUCAUUGACACGAAGCUGUUGUUCGUUUGCUUAAUGUAUUCUUAUCUGAAAUUUCUACUUAAAAAAAUAUUUUCAUCGAAAAGAAAUUCCCUUUUCCUAAGACUGAUUACUGAUAUAUUACAAUGUUGUAAUCCGUUUACCCUAUCGAGCGACUUGCAAUGUUUGUGUUUUUUUUUUCCUACAAGUUACAUUAUAAAUUUAAGCCACAACACAAAAAGGUAAACAUGAUAAAGAGGAACAGAAAUCAAGAGUAAGAAAUCAAAAACGCAUAAAUCACCCUUUCUUUAACCGAUACUAUAACGCUAAACACAACAGAAACCGAACGGCAUCCAUAUGUACCGCUGUACAAGCAAAGCGCAAACUGUAUAAUCAAAUCAAUUACGAGCAAAGACAACACACAAAACAAACAACAAAAAGAAACGAAACGAGACCCAAUAAAAUGAAAAGUACAUUUAAAA